CUCCAGUGAAGACGCGCCCCGGCUUUUCUUUCCUAUGGGACCCAAGCACUGCAUCCUUCGCUUCCUUUUCUGAGCCAGGCACGUGGUUGGCUUGUUUUGUGGAGGAAGGAGGUUAUUUGGGGAGCCUGGAGUUCAUCUCCUUGUGUCAGCCAAUGCUGGGAAGAGUCCAAUAUUAUAAAUAGGAGGGGGGGGGGGGGAGCGAGAAAACGAAAACGAAACCGCGGUCUCGUGACGCGCACAGCCUUUUAAUCUGGACGCGGAGUAAACACUGUUUAGACGGGCGCUGAAGUUCCCAGGGAGAGCUGCUCCUCUACAGCCGAGCAAGAUCAUCCUUUUUAGCCCAUUUCCAAGGAUGCAGCUUUGCCAAGGCUGAACAUGUUUCCGUCCCAUUUUAUUUCAGCUAAGCAGAACGUUAAAAAUUUUCUGGAACCAACACAUUCUCAGCCAGGUUCCAGAAUUGUCUCGUGCCUAUUCAUCUGAGUGUCGUUUAUAAAAGUCACUGCGAGCUAAGGAGACAGUACGUCUAGAAGUCCUGACAAACUCUUACAAACUUCUGUCUACUGUGUGCUGCUUAGGAAAAGUUUCUUCCUUUGGGAGAUUUUCAGGAGUUAAAAUGCAGCUGAAGCUUCAAAAGCCUCUUCAGAAGCCCAUCACGGGGCUACGAUGGCAGAAGUGCAACCCGUGCCUCCUAUAUCUGAUCCAUCUCUCCCUGGCAGUUGCAUACAUUGCUUUGCUAUUUUAUGCCCUUGUCUGGGAAGCUGGAAAUAUUGUCAAUCUUCCCACCAAAAGAAUUGGCUUCUUCAAUUUUUGCCUGUGGAACCAGGAGUCAGAGAAACUGGAUUGCCUCACGACCCACAGCCUCGAGAAGAUGGGUGUCAAUAUGAUUGCUCUGGUAUUGUCAAGGUUCUGCGUUUAUGUCACUCCCGUCUUGUGUCUCUUCAUUGCCACUACGAUCUUGCAGUCCUUGUGUUUGAAAGACAUAGAUGGCUGGAAACUGGCCCGUACUCUUCUGGCCAUUUGCGGUUUGUUUUUGCCUUCUGGCCUGGCUUUGUUUCUCUUCUAUACUAACAAGUGGGUUCAGGCUGCUGAUUUGGGAGACGUUUUUGUAGCCCUAGUUGGGGCUCACAUUUUGUUUUUGCUGCACCUGAUCAUCAUUGUCCUUCAUCUUGCACGGUCCAAGGAUCAUCUCCCUGAAAGACAGUUCUUCCCUGAAAGGAGCCUUCCAUGAUAAUGGGAAGCAUAUGCUUGAUGCCCUUAAUGUAGGGAUGAUUGUGUGACACAGCCACACUCUAUGCAAAUUCUGAGUGAAGCCAUCAACUACCAUGUUAAGAUGAGUGAGUUGGUGAAGAGGUUGGAUUCCUAGCACAGGCCUAUUUCUGUUUACUUAUGAUUCAAGUGAUGAGACGACGUUUCAUGAGGUCUCUUUCAAGGGAACAAAGUAGCUAACUGUCUGCUACUCCUCGUGUAAUGAAAUGUGUCUUGGUAUCUCAUUUAACAGUUACUGUCUUGUUUAGGAUAAGUUAUUAAUAGUUGAUUUGUUUUUAAUACAGAGGUCUUGGCUUGUUUUACAAGGAACCUCCGAUUUGUGGGGCCAGUCUGCUGCCUCAUAUCUCUAUAUAUAUCCAGAGGGCUGAAAGAGAGCUGCACCUUCAUUUGCACAAGGGAUCAAGAAAAUGAGAAACAUCAAGUAUCUCACGCUUAAAGUCUUCUGUUGUUAAUUUUUAUCUUCCAAAUAACAGUUUUGGUUUAGAUUUUUCUGGAGAAGAGUGAGGUGCUAUAGUGUGUGCCACGACCGUGUGGUUUUGUUGUUUUCUGCCUUCUAACCAAAGGGAAAAAUAAGGGAGAUUCUGCAGACUUCGAAGUACUGGUGUUUAACUUUCCUUAUGUUCACAACUGCUGUUGAUGGUCCACACCACAAAUUAGAAGACCAGAAAAAAUAAAUGUCUUCACAAAUCUAAAUAUUGAGAAGAAAAGUAAUGGCAUUGCCAGAUACAAAAGUGGUGAGCAGAAAUGUCAGUUUUUCUACACUGAAUUAAAGUACAAAGAGUCUUCCUUUUACGCUUAGUUAUUAUACGAAUGAGGCCUUUUAUAAGUCUCGGUUAAAUUUCACUUUAAAAAUGUAGUGACCGUGCUUUGAGAAUUGAUAAUGAUACCACCAUUAUUUACAUGCCGACAUGUACCCAUUUCUAUAGGUGUGGAAGGAGAUCUUUUCUUUUCUUUUUGGCUCCUGUUGAGCAUCAAUACACCUAUGGAGCCAUUUCUGAAAGUUACUGUAGAGCACAAUUAUUACAUAAUGUGAAAAGACUUGUUAAUUCAAAGUAAAGUUUCAUUAAUUAUAAAA